AUGAGUUGGAAUUCCAAACAUUCUGUAUUGCUGACAUUAGAGCAGGACCGACAAUCCGCUCUUACGGACUUCCUUGCCUCAAACAACAUUUCCGCUGCGCAGAUCCGGGAUGAUUAUGACCGCAGGGCUGCAGAGGCUGCGCGUCAGGCUGCCACAGAAGAAGAACAAGCCGUAGACGCAGAUUUCCAGGAUGAAGUCUCUCCAGAACCACAGCCAGACUCCCCCGAAGAGAAAUCCCGAAAGCGCAAGCGGCUGCAAGCCAUCGAAAAGAUCAAAAGAAGCAAGGAAUUCGCCCGUCGCAAAGCUCGACGAACAGGAGACCUCGACGACGAUGACAUUUUGGCAGGGGAGAUGAUGGAUGAGAAGGAACGACCAAAACCAGGACAGCUGGCGAAUUGUGAGGUCUGUGGGAAGCGUUUCACGGUCACGCCUUAUAGCAAAACAGGCUUCGAUGGUGGCCUUUUAUGCGCCGAUUGCUCUAAAAAGCACACCGACGGGGAUAAGAAAGGUCCAGCCAAGAAGCGGAGCUCAGGACCGGCCCGCCGUCAGAAUCAAAGCAAGAUUUUGGAUGGAAUUGCUCUGCCUGGUGCUCCAAGCUUGCUGGAGACGUGUAUCAAAAAAGUUGCUGAUAAUAUUGAUGACGUGGAAGAAUUUGGAGAUCUCCCUCCAGUGGUUCAGCAUCGACUUAGCCAGAUUUUAUCCCGGAAUCGUGCCGUGACGCGAAAGACAUUGGAUCUUUUCUUGCGGCCUGAGCAUAAAGAACUGAAUAUCUAUGACUGCGCUAAGUUACAAACCGAUGACUUCCAUAAGAUUCUAGCCACAAUGCCAGCGUUAACCCGACUGAAUCUUCGAUUUGUUACCGCCAUGAAAGAUCCAGUUUUUGAAUACAUGAUAGCCCGCGACAUGCAGAUUCAAGAUCUGCAUUUGAACUCGCCCAAUCUCGUAACCGACAAUUGCUGGCGGCAAUUAUUCACUAAACUGGGCCCCCAGCUGCAAAGUCUCAAGCUGUGGAACCUCGAUUCUGCUUUUGAUGAUGAAACAGCUGAAGUUAUGAGCAAGAACUGUGCCCUUCUUCGACGUUUGAAAUUGAAGUAUCUCGAUAAUAUCGGUGACCAGGCGUUAAACGCCAUUUCGACCAUGAAGACAUUGCAGCACCUGUCACUACACCUUACAAAGGAAAUAAACCCCGAACCUCUACUUCAGGUGAUCGCCCAAAUAGGGCCCAAUUUGCGCUCUCUGUCCCUGGAAAGCUUUCAUUUUGCAGAUGACAGGCUGGUCCAACAUAUUCGUGAGACCUGCCGAGACCUCUUCAAGCUCCGAAUCACCGACAAUGCGUCAAUCACCGAUAAGGCUAUAGCUGACCUUUUCCGUGGCUGGUCCAAUCCAGCCUUAAGGUUUGCUGACUUCAGCGGUCUCCGAGACGUGGAUAUGUCCAACCCUGCUGGCCCUCCCGAGGCCGUAGGUCUUGCAUCCGAUGGCUUCAUCGCUUUGAUGGAGCAUUCAGGUCCAAAGCUUGAACGAUUGAAAGUCACCUCGUGUCGUCAUAUAUCCCACGCCGCAUACGAGGAGGUUUUCGCCGAAAACAAGCGAUACCCCGCGCUCAAGUCCCUUGACAUAGCUUUUAAUGCGCCUGUGGAUGACUAUAUCAUGCAGUCCAUUUUUCGAUGCUGCCCGGCUCUUACGAAAAUAGUCGUCUUCGGCUGUCUUAAAAUCCGUGAUAUACGGAUACCUAGGGGCGUUGCAGUUAUCGGCACGUUAGGUGCAAAGCUGACUGUGGAGGGGAUUGCUCAGAAAGAGAUUAUCUAA